AUGCAGGAGUUGUUGAUUCAACAAGUGCCUUCGAGAAGGGAUGAAUCCUGCUUUCAUCUUGGAAACGGGCUUGUCGAACGGGCGCUCAAUGAACUCGUAGCGGUUUACAGGGAGUAUGGGAUGAGAGAAGAGGAAAUAGUCUGUGUGAAUGCAAUGAUUUGUUUGAAUCCCCUGGCGAAGGAUGUGUCGGAUUCACUUUUUGAGAAGAUAGUGGAGUUGAGAAAUCGAAUAGCGGAUUGCUUGUUUUCAAUUGUCAAGGAAGUUAGGUUAAGCCCCACACCGAAUGUUUGCUAUGGGCAUAUUCUGUUGUCAUUGGCCACUGUUACGGAACUAGCCAACGCGAUGAGCGAAAAUCUCCAAUUCGCUCAAACAUUUUCAAAUCAAGGUGAAAUUCCUCUGUUGACUGAUCUGUUCGGAUGCUUCACUGUUGAACCAUUCUUCAAGGAAGUCGAUGAGUUGACAGCGUUGAGUCUGGAAAAGGCAUUGACUGAGAAGAAGGAGAUCAGUACGCAGACUGAUCGGGUGCCACCUCCGAGGGCUUUGCUGAAACGGCAAGCAACAAUAGACGAGGAGAGUGAAGAACCUGCCCGACAGAAUUUCCGACUUUUACAACCACCGAACAAUUUUUAUAUUACGGAAAUGUUGGAUGAUUUGAGAGCACCCUCCUCCUCAAUUUCCCUCUCCUCCCCAGAUGAAUACCAUCCCACCAGCACUGCACCAAUGAACAAUCACGCCGAGAAUCAUCUGAUGGGUCUGAAUUAUGAUGCAUCGACAAUACAGAAUGGUGUGAGCAGUAAUGGAGUUGCUCAUCCUCCUACUGUACCUACAGUACCACCAGUCGCUGCGAGACCAAUCUACGAUCAGCAACCAUCGUGCUCCAAUCAGAAUCCGUCUACAUUUUAUAACUUCCCCCCUCCACCCGGUUACCCACCUCUUAACGCUGGUUAUACUCCAAAUAUCAACUAUCCUCAACUCUAUCAACAACCCCAAUAUUACAAUUUUCCCGCUCAAAAUGUCUGCGGAGCCGAAAAAGCUGCCCACCACUAUGGAGCUCUCAGCUGUGUUGGAUGUAAAGGAUUUUUCCGUCGAGCACUUCUCAAGGCGGAUCAGUUGGAAUGUGCGGCGAAUGGAGAGUGUACAGUUAGUGUUUUGCUUGUCCGCCCGAAUCGAGACGCUCCUCCAAAACCACGUAAACCCGCAACUACCGUAGCCUCAUGUGACCUAACUGAUCGUGGACAUUGUGGAGACAUCGAUUAG